CACAGGUCAACCCUUUCAGAGACCGAAUCUGCAGAGUGUUCUCCCACAACGACGUGUUCUGCUUUGAGGAUGUGCUGGGCAUGGCAUCUGUGUUCAGCGAGCAGGCCUGCCCCAGCCUGAAGAUCGAGUAUGCCUUCCGCAUCUACGAUUUUAACGAGAAUGGCUUCAUCGACGAGGAGGACCUGCAAAGGAUCAUCCUUCGGCUGCUCAACAGCAACGACAUGUCCGAGGACCUGCUCACUGACCUCACCAGCCGCGUGCUGGAUGAGUCAGACCUGGACAAUGACAACAUGCUGUCCUUCUCCGAGUUUGAGCACGCAAUGGCCAAAUCUCCAGACUUCAUGAACUCCUUUCGGAUUCACUUCUGGGGAUACUGAUGAAUAGCUGAUCUGGACCCCCUGGAACUUGGAAUUCCACCCCCCGCAGGUGCUGGGAGAAAUCUCAUUACAAGAAUGACUGUCCCCAUCCCUCCCUCUCUUCUAGAAAAUUGUUUACUCAAUAAAGCCAAAGAAAAGCC